AUGCUCAACAUCUCUGUCGAGGAAAUUGUUCAUCACUUGAAUGAACACCUUCAAAAAGCCUAUGAAUCAUCACCGAAAUUGGAACAAUAUGAAAAUCCACGAAUUGUUCAACAAGAUGAUAUUCUACUUGUAGGAGUUUACGGAUCACAUAUUUAUGGAUUGGCAACUGAACAAUCAGACUUGGAUAUUUUCAUAAUUGCAUCGGAAGGGUUGGAUGGUGAAUUGGCCAAGUUGAGAGAGUUGAUUCCGAACAAGCAGGAUUAUUCAUAUCAAGUAACUGAAUUGCAAAUUAAUGGAAAACAAGUUGAUUUUUCAAUUUAUUCGGAAAAGUUAUUUAGAGAAUUAUUGAUGAGAUUUAUUUUGGAUAGUUUUGAAUUUUACUCGAUUUUAAUGAUGAGAAGAGAGUGGAUGGUUCAUGUGAAUGAAGAGUUUGCUCAGCAAAUUAAGGAAUAUGUGGAGAAUAAUGUUGUGAAUUCUGCUGAGAGAGCUCUCAAUCUAAGAAAGGCAAUUUCCAGAGAAUCAGAUCACUCAUUUGUGAAAGGAAAGAACAAGAUUGUAAAGGAAUUCAAAGUUUAUAAGGGAAUCAAAGCCAUGUUUCAUUCAUUGAGAACUGUAGUAUUUGGCAUUCAAAUUGCAAAACACAACCAAGUCAUUGAUUUCUCCAAAGCAAACGAAUAUUGGAAAGAAUUUGAAUUGUUCUACAGGGAAAAGAUUGAAUCUCAAUUGAAUGUUGAACCAAUAGAUUAUGAAAAGAUUUGGCUCACACUACCCAUCUGUUUGAUGGUUUUGUGUCUUUGUUUUAUUGGAAACACAAGUGCACGUUCCAUUGCCAUCAAGAAUAGAGCUGGAGGAGAUUUGACACUUGUAAUUGAUUUUGGAAAGGGAAAAGAUUCAUCUUCUUCAUCAUCUGAAAAGAAAAAACAAGAAUUACCAGCAGUGGACGAAACUACAAAGAAAGUUAUUGACAAAGUCCAAGAUGUGAUCAGUAGUAGUGAAGAGAAGCAAAUUGCCGAAUCCUUGUUGACAUUUGCUAAUGAAAUUAGACAGAUGGAAAAACUAAUUCCAGGAUCAAACUCUGAGCAAAAACUUGUUAAACAAGAACUUUUGGCCAUUAUUAAUGAAUUCACAAAGGAAUCUGAGAAACCUUCUGCCUUCAUCUUGAAAUCUUCCCUUGAAAUGGUUGCUGAUGCCAAGAAGAAGAAAACAGAGCAACAACAAGCUGAACCUGGUUCAGUAUCCUCUGGAGCUCAAUCUCUCUUUAUUCAAGCUGGUAUUAGUGUAUUGAACGAUGCCAUGAAUUUUGUUGAUGGAAUUGGAACAUAUUCCACCAAAAUGUCAAGUGUUGGUAAUUGGAUUAGUGGAAAGCUUGCAACCAAGUUGGAUUCCUGGGGAUUAAAAUCUGUAGCUCAAUUCGCUAAAAACACUGGUAAAUCCAUUGAUGGAUUAGCUAAGAAAGUAGCUCCAUAUGAACAAAAAUUGGCCAAAGCAAUUGCUCCUGUUGUUAAAUCGAAAACUUUCCAAUCCAUCAAGAGAGUUGUCAAUGUUGUUGGUGGUGCAAUCAGUAUCAAGAAUGGUUUGAAACAUCUUGGAAUGUUACCUAAACAAUUACCAAAAGCUUUCAACAAGUUGAAAUCCACACUUACCAAGGCAGCUGCACCAAUUAAGACUAAAGCAGCUUCCUUGAUUAAAAAGGUCACUAAAUCUGGAGCUGCCGUCAAGAAGGCCAACAGUGCCAAGAAAGCUGCCAAAGCUGCAAAAGAUGCUAAGAAAGCUACCAAGGCCGCCAAGAAAGCUGCCAAGACUGCUAAGCAACCAGGAAAAUUGGCAAAGGCCUUUGGAAAAGCUAAAGCUGUUAAGGAUGUUAAGGAUGGUUUUGGUGAUAUGAAGAGUGGCUUGUUUGGAGAAGGAAAACCAAAGAAAUCUCAAACUAACAACAAGAAACAAACUGCCAAUAAUAGAAGAACAACAAAUAAUCAAACUAAUAACAGAAGAACUGCCAACAAUCAAACUGCCAACAGAAGAACUGCAAAUAAUCAAAGAGGAAAUACCAGAAACUCUUCCACUAGAACUAAUAGUAGUAGAAGAAGUACUUCAUCUUCAAGAAGCUCACCUACAAGAAACAGUACUAACAAUAGAGGAAGACAAACAACUAGUAGAACUAGCUCAACCAGUAGAAGAACAUCAUCACCAAGUGGAAGACAAUCAAGCAGUAGAAGUAGCAGCUCUUCAAGAGGGUCCUCUGGCGGAAGUCGAUCAUCAGGUGGUAGCAAAGGAGGAAGAAGAUAA